GCCACGUAAUCAAAGUGAAAAUGAAACACGAUCUAAAUAGUGAAUAUACGUGGAGAAAAAUAAAUCUGCAACAGAAGAUGCAAACUCUGAACUUACAGCGUACAUAGGCAAAAACAAAUAUAAAAAUUCAGACACACAAAUUCGGACCAGAAUUCGAUCGCUCGCUCGCUCUCUCAAUCUUUGUCUCACUGCAGUCUCGAUCGGGCUUACCAUAAAAGAACGAAGAAAACCAGAAAUAAAAUAGAAAUAAAAAUAAAGCUACUCCUUGAUUUGUUUAUUUAUUUUUUAAUUAAUCAGAUUUGUAGCAUGAUAAUAUCUAUCUAUCACUCCCGCUGCUUACUCUCAUAAACCCUAGAGAAAAAUUUACAAUUUGUCCUCCAGUGUAGGGAGGGAGAGGGUUGGUGAUUGAAUUUUGAAACGGUGAGUUGGUGGAAAUGCCAGAGGAGGAGGAGGAGGAGGAGUUAGUAGAACUCAAGUUCAGAUUGUACGAUGGAUCGGAUAUCGGUCCGUUUGGAUAUUCACUAGCAUCCACUGUUGCUAUGCUCAAAGAAAGAAUCGUCGCCGACUGGCCAAAAGAUAAAAAAAUUGCACCCAAGGCAGCAAAUGACAUCAAACUGAUAAAUGCUGGGAAAAUCUUGGAAAACAACAAGACUGUUGGCCAGUGUAGGGUUCCUUUUGGGAACCUCCCGAAAGAGGUCAUCACCAUGCAUGUUGUAGUGCAGCCAUCUUUAGCAAAAGCAAAAGCAGAGAAAAAGGUGGACGAGGCCCCAAGAAAAAAUUUAUGUUCAUGUUCUAUACUAUAAAGAUAGAGUUGGGCUCCUCUAAGGUGUAAGCUUGCUUUGAAGUUCCUAGGAUCUCAUGGCGAUGGAAAUCAUUUACUUGGAAGAGAGUAAUUUGUGAAAUGAUGCCGUCCCGCAUCUCACUCUACAUGUUUGUUUGAGGGCAUCCCUAUUUAACAGUGUGCUGGUGAUGUAUUAACACUUUAUAAAAGAGUGUUUUUUGUAUUAUUAUAGAGGCAGCCUCCUUACUCAUUUAGUAUUUAUUUUAUACAAAGUUUUACGGGUUUGAUCU